AUGACUCUAGAAGAAACGCUGGCAAGCGCCAAGACCGCCGGAGACAAGGGCAACCUCGUGGAGGCCGAGAAAUUGUACCGGGAGAUUCUCGAUCAGAAGGCUGGAACCAACGAGAAAUCGAUCCAGAUCCAAGAGUCGGCUCUCAUCAAUCUCGGCACUCUCUACGCCUCCAACAACAAGCCCCAGGACCUCGCAGACCUCAUCCAUACUAGUCUGACGGUAAUGAGCGGCUUUGCCAAGUCCAAAACCGCCAAAAUCAUCAGAAACCUCAUUGAUCUUUUCGCCAAAGUGCCGUCUGACUGUAUCGACCUGCAGAUUGCCACCACACAAAAAUGUAUCGAAUGGGCCGUUUCGGAGAAACGAAACUUUCUGCGACAAAGCCUGCAGACCCGGCUGGUGUCGCUGUUCCUGGAGAAGAAGACGUACUACGAUGCGCUCAACCUCAUCAAUACCCUGCUCAAGGAGCUCAAGAAGCUCGAUGACAAGAUGGUGCUUGUGGAGGUGCAAUUGCUGGAGGCCAAGGCGUACCACGCUCUCAGAAACAUCCCCAAGAGCCGAGCCUCUCUCACCUCUGCACGAACCUCCGCCAACGCCGUCUACUGCCCUCCUCUCACCCAGGCUGCUCUAGACACCAUGUCUGGUAUCCUGCAGGCAGACGACAAGGACUAUAAGACAGCAUUCAGUUAUUUCUACGAGGCAUUCGAGGGCUACGUGGGCCAGGAAAACCCCAAGGCUGGCACUGUACUCAAGUACAUGCUACUGUGCAAGAUCAUGUUGAACCUGGCCGAUGACGUGGAGACCAUUCUCAACAAUAAAUCCGCACAGGCGUACCAGGGUCGAGACGUGGACGUUAUGAAGGCGGUGGCAGUGGCCUAUGCCAACCGAUCGCUCAAGGAGUUUGAGCACGUGCUGGAACUAUACAAGGAGGAGGUCCAGGCCGACCCCGUCAUCAGAGUGCACUUCAACGACCUGUACGACUCGCUGCUGGAGCAGAAUCUGCUCAAGGUGAUUGAGCCCUUCAGCUGUGUCGAAAUCAACCACAUUGCUGAGAUCAUUGGCCUCGACACCCGACAGGUGGAGGGCAAGCUGUCUCAGAUGAUUUUGGAUAAGGGCAUCAAGGGAGUGUUGGACCAGGGCAACGGCUGGCUAUUCAUCUAUGAUGAGCCUCAGACAGAUAAGACUUACGAUUCGGCUCUGGAGACCGUCAAACACAUGUCCACCGUGGUCGAUUUGCUGUACGAGAAGGCCUCUUCUCUCAACUAA